AUGAGUAAUAGUGUGGAUAAUAUGGAGGUUGACCAAGAGGGAACCGUUACAAAUAAGAAGAGAUUUGAAAUUAAAAAAUGGACAGCUGUAGCAUUCUGGUCCUGGGAUAUUGCUGUGGAUAAUUGUGCUAUUUGCAGAAAUCAUAUAAUGGAGCCUUGUAUUGAAUGCCAGCCUAAAGCAAUGACUGAUACGGACAACGAAUGUGUUGCCGCAUGGGGUGUAUGUAAUCAUGCGUUCCAUUUACAUUGCAUUAACAAGUGGAUCAAGACCAGAGAUGCUUGUCCACUGGAUAACCAGAAAUGGCAACUCGCCAGGUGCGGGAGGUAG